AUGCUCGACGAGGUCUACGAGUUCCUCGCGGAGCGCCGCGCCGCGCCCGAUGCCGCCGCUCCGCCGCCGGCCGAGGCCGCGCCGGUCCCGACCGCCAACGCCGCGCCGGCCGAGGCCGCCGCGCCGCCGCCGUCCGCGGCCGCGCCGGUCCCGACGGCCAACGCCGCGCCGGCCGAGGCCGCCGCGCCGCCGCCGGCCGCGACGCCCGCGUCGGGCGCGACGCCGAAGGCCGCGGGCACGGGCGCGGCGGCGGACGAGGUCGUCACGAAGCAGCUCAGCGGCAAGGACUUUUACCGCAAGGAGAAGCGCUCCGAGGCCAAGGCCGCCGUCGAGCGCGACCACGCGGACGCGAGCGACAAGAUUAAGAAGGCGCUCGUCGAGAAGGAGCUCCGCGCGGGCUGGAAGGCGCUCGACGACGGCGCCAAGGCCCAGUGGGCCGCGGACGCGCCCGAGGUCGUCACGAAGCAGCUCGAGUCCAUGGACAUCGCGUUAGAGGCCUCCGUGGAGCGGAUCGGCUGCGUGACGGCCCAGGACGAGCGCCGCAGCGCCCGGGCGCCCAAGCCGACCGCGGCCAAGGCGGAGCGCGAGGCCAAGGCCAAGGAGCGCGAGGCCAAGGCCAAGGAGCGCGAGGCCAAGGCCAAGGAGGCCAAUUCGUCGAUUCGGGAGGGAGAGUGGACACCACAGGAGCGCGCGUACGCGUGCCGCCUGCUCGACCUCGCCGAGGCGGGCCAGCUCCCGGGCUGCGCGGACAACGUCACGCGGUGCGCGUGCCUCGUGUACGCGCUCGGGCGCAACGGCGUCCGCAUCGGCCAAUGGCUAAAGAAACGAGGCCUACUCGAAGGGUACUCGCUGCGCUGCAUCUUCCGCCGCGUCGGCCCGUGCUCGGGCGCCGCGCUCGGCCGCCUCGUGGAGCUCCGCGACGCGUUCCACGCAACGCUCGACAAGAGCGUGCUGGCGGCGCUGCUGGCCGACGCGGCCAAGGCCGGGGCCGUCUUCGUCGUCGCGUCUCAGGACGAGCUGGCGGACGCGAACAAGGCCGAGGCCGACGCCGCGGCCAAGGCCAAGGCCAAGGCCGACGCCGACGCCGACGCCGCGGCCAAGGCCAAGGCCAAGGCCGACGCCGCGGCCAAGGCCAAGGCGCUGGAAGACCUGGCGACCCGGGCCGUCGCUGCCCAGGCCGCGGCGUCCGAGGCCUCGGCCAAGGCCGACGCCGCGACCGAGGUCGCGGAGGCCGCGGCCAAGGCCGCGGAGCCGAACGCCGCGGACCUCGCGGCCCUGGCCGAGAAGGCCGAGGCCGCGGCCGAGAAGGCCGAGGCCGUCGCGAACGAGGCCGUCGCCGCGGCGACGCGGACCCCGGCCGGCCGCAAGGCCCUCGUCGCGGCCGGGGGCACCGUGUCCACGGAGAGCAAGGCCGCGCGGCGGUUCGCGAGCUGGCCGUCGGUGCGGGCCAAGCAGCACAUCAAGGAGGAGUUCGGCAUGUUCCACGCGGGGGACGAGCCGGGCCUGCUCCUGUACGACAAGUGCAAGCUCACGGGCGCGGGCUUCGACAAGGACGGCCAGCAGCGCGCGCGGCUCAUGCCGCUCGAGUCCGCGGGCCCGGAGCGCGUCAAGGCCGUCCAGGUCAUCCGCGCCGACGCGGAGGCCGGCUUCGAGGAGCUUGUGUCGACGUCCGAGAUCCGCAAGAAUCUCUUCGACGAAGUCUCGAGCCCGGAGGAACUGGCCCGCGGCGGCAUGCACAACGUGGGCACGGCCUUCAGCGGCGGCAAGCAGCCCAUGAACCACGCGUACUGCGGCCCGUCCGGGUCCUUCAAAGGCCAGCAGCGCGGCGCCACGGCGCCGUCGAAGGAGGUCCAGGACGCGUGCGAGGCCCUCUCCACGCUCCCGACGAACCACCGGCCGAACUCCAAGUACCCGGUGGACGACCCGCGCGGGAGCUUCGCGAUGAAGCACAAGCUCAUGCGCCGCGUCAUCGUCACGCCGCCGCCGCGCGCCGCCGGCGGUGACGCGGCGUCGCGCACGACGCACGACCUGCACCGCGACAACGCGCCGGGCACUCACCCGACGGAGAAGCGCACCGUGGCGGUCCCGACGCGCUGCACGACGACGGUCGUGAUCUACGCGCGCAAGUGCCCGGACACGGGCAAGCUCGUCCGCUGCGGGCCGGUCGACGUCGAGCGCGUCUCGGGGCUCCGCCUCAACGUCAAGCCCGCGGACAAGGAGGCCAGCAUUGAGAUCUGCCCCCAGGACCUCGGCGUCAACUCGUUCGACGGCGUCGUGAACGCCGAGUACAUGCACGGCGUCAUCGGCGCCGAGGACCCGGACCUGACUUUGUGGCGCGUGACCUUCGUCUACUUCGACUUCGCGCUCGGCCAGGAGCUCGUCUGGGACGACGGCGUCGCCGCCGAGACCUGCAUCGACUUCGACGCGACGCACGUCUCGUCGGGCGUCGGGCUCCAGUGGUGGUUCGGGGGCUUCGGCUUCUUCUGCACGCUCGCGACGCUCAUCUCCUUCUACAGCCCAAAGGGCUGCAACAAGGUGUCGGCGUCCGUCAUCCGGAAGCUCGCGAAGCACGGCGCGGCGGCCCUCAAGCCGCAGCGCGUCGGCGGCCCCGGCGCCAACCCGUGGCGGCGGCCGCUCCUGAGCCGGCGCCAGGCCGCCGACGCGCGGAAGCAGGCCCUGGCGUCGGGCACCUUCGGGACCUUCGACGCGUCGCGCGGCGGGUGGCUCGAGGCCUGGGACGCCGUCGCGGCGCCGCGCGUCCUCACCGCGCCCAAGCUCCACAAGCGCGAGCGGACGCGCGCGGACCGCUUCGCGUCCGUCGAGGCCAACCUCGCGGACAUGCCCAAGAAGAUCGCCGCGUACCGCGCGGCCGUCGACGCGCGCAAACCGCCGCCCGGCGUCGAGAGCCUCAUGAAGCGCCUCACGCGGCGGCGCAACCGAGCAUUCGUGUUCUCGGAUACAUACACUCCGUGCAAACACGACGGCUUCGCUGAAGUCGACGCGGCGAACCCCUUCGCCAUCGUCGGGGAGGACCUCAAGAACAUGAAGCAGCGCAUCAAGGCGCUGGUGGAGCGGAGCCUCGACGGCGGCGGCGGGUCGUCGUCGAAGAGCGGCGGCAGCCACCCCCUGCUCCAGGAGGCCGCGCGCGAGUUCUUCGAGCGCCGCGAGCGCGCGUUCCGGCCCGCGGUCGUGCUCCUCGUCGCGCGCGCCGUCGAGGGCACGGCCUCGGGCACGACGCUCCCCGAGAAGCAGUGCCUCCUGGCGGAGAUCGUCGAGAUGAUGUGCACGGCGCAGGUCGUCCACGACAGCGUGCUCGAGGACGACGAGGCGGGCUCGACGGGGAACGUCGCGCACCGGACCUACUCGCAGAACGCGGGCAACAAGGUGUCCGUGCUCGCCGGCGACUUCCUGCUGGCGCGGUGCUCCGUGGCGCUGAGCGAGCUCGGGGAUCUCGCCGUCGUCGAGCUCAUGGCGACGGCGCUCGAGUCGAUGGUGCAGGGCGGCGUGCUCAAGGCCCAGGCGGGGCUGGGGGGUUUGGACGGGCUGCUGGACUGGGACGCCUACGUGGCGCGCGUCGAGCUCAAGACGAGUUCGCUCAUCGCCGACGCGUGCCGGUCCGCGGCGAUCCUCGGCGGCGAGGCGGCCGACGGCGCCGUCGCGGAAGCCGUCUACGCCUACGCGUCGAACCUGGGCGUCGCCUACCAGAUCAACGCCGACACCAUCGCCUACGUGGGCGCGCUCGAGGAGGGCGGCAACCUCGCGGACCACGUCGCCGCGCCGCCGGUCCUCCUCGCGGCGGCGAAGGACGACGGGCUCCGCGCGGACCUCGGUGCCGCGCUCGACGAUGGCGCCGGCGUCGCCGCCGUCGCCGCCCACGUCGACGCCACGGGCGGCCUCGACCGCGCGCGGCGCAUGGCCCGCGACUACAGCGACGCCGCCAAGGCCGCGCUCGGCCCGCUGCCGGCGAGCGACGAGAAGGCCGCGCUCCUCAUGAUGGCCGACUUCGUCGCCCAGGACGACCAGACGGGGCUCCAGCGCGAGAAGUACAUCGCCGCCGCCGCCAAGAAGCGACGAGCCGCCGUGAGCGCCCACGCCUAGGCACGCCUCCCCCAAAACUCCCGUUCGUUUAAACACACAUCCCGCCG